GAGUUUAACAAAGCCAGUAUCGUAUGAUUGUAACUUGUUAUUUUAACUUUACGUCUGUGGAGGUAAUUUUACGUUCGUCAAUUUCAAAAGCUUCACGACGUUUGGAAUCAAGUUACAAUAAUACUAAUUACAGGGAAUUAUCUUAAUUUACGUUAGUUUGGAUUAUCACCAACAUGGCAAUGUUUCACAUCAUUUUAAGAACGUCAUGGUUCCUUGCAUUGUGCUUCCUAUAUUUUGGGUAUUCCGAUACCAACGUUACAACAGCACAAGAUGUAGGAAUAACAACAACAGAAUCCCCAACUGGAACUUUUCCUAAUCCUAAUGUUGUUCUUACGAAUUUGAUGGAUCAAUUGAGCAACACAACCUUUUUUGAUCUCCUAAAGAAGCUGAAUUCUUCGACACAGAGUGCAUCGCAGAAUGCACAACUGCUAAAAGCCAUCUCGCAAUCGUUUCGUGCGAUGAAUCCCUUGUCUCUCUUCACUACUUCAGUAAUGAACAAUCUAAAAAGUUUAAACCUCGGGCAAUGUGGUAAAGACUUGCAAAUGAUCGCAAAUGAAACUGCCGUCAUGGUGAAGUAUAUUGACGCUGCUGGAAAACCUCACAGUGGACUGACUGAAGGAAACAAUUAUUGGGGUGGUGCACACGAAGUAUGCGAAUACGACAUAGAAAAUGCUCAUGUUUGUGGAUCGUUAUUAUUAUUACAAAUUCCACUUUUGAAACUGAACAUGCAAGCCAUAUUCUGGACAGGUUGCUUUCCACAAAGUUGCACUUCGGAUAAUGCUUCUGCCAUUCUUAAGGUUGCGACCAAUCAAGUCUCUGAACUCACAGACAAAGCCGUGGAAGUAUAUGAAUACGGCACCAAAUGUAUCAAAGGACCGGGAUAUGACACUGGCACUAAAUUGACAAUGUACGAAAAAAAACAGAAAUUAAUUUUAUACUGCAUUUUGUGGUGUAUUGAUGCUUCUAUGCUUGAUCGGAAGCAUACUAGAUGCUAUUCGGAGCAUCACAAAACUGUUGAAGAAACAGGAAUAUUAUCCGAUGCAGAGGGGGACUUUGAGAUGAAAGCAAAUGGUAAAUGGACGCAGCAAGAAGACGCAGUUGCAAUCGAUCGUAAAAUGACGACAAUUUUAAGAUCGAAAACUGCGGAGGUGUUCUUAUGUUUUUCUCUCCAACGGAACACAAGGAAAAUUUUCGACACGAGUGUUUCAAGCGCUGCUAUUACAUCCAUUAAUGGUAUAAGAGUGAUCAGUAUUUUCUGGAUUAUCCUGGGACAUGUGUAUCUUUACAGCAUCACCAACUUUUACUCAGUAACAAACAAAAAGGAGUUCCUUCGCCAAGCUGAGUCUGUCACUGUAAUGGCCGUCGCUAAUGCUUACUUUGCUGUAGACAGUUUCUUUUUCUUAAGUGGACUUCUCGUUGCAUAUACAUGUUUGAGAAAAAUGGAAAGAACUCAAGGCAAAGUUAAUUGGGGAUUGUUUUACCUCCACAGAUAUUUAAGAUUAACUCCGUCUCUAAUGUUCGUUGUUCUGUUUGCGGUUCAUAUCAAAGGAAUCUUAUCUGAUUCACCUACAUGGUUGAGUUUAUACAAAGAGAAAAAUUGCGAAGAUAAGUGGUGGACAAAUAUGUUGUACAUCAAUAACUUCUAUCCGAAAGAGUUCAACGAUCAGUGCAUUGGAUGGGUUUGGUAUUUAGCAAAUGAUAUGCAAUUCUACGUAAUUUCACCGAUACUUAUAGUUUUGGCGUACAGAUUUGGAUGGCGAGGAUUAUUUGCAGGAACUGGUGCACUGAUGGCAAUAAGCACAAUAACAAUUCCAUCAAUCUAUGUUGGUUAUGACGUGGAUCCUUUAAUAGUUCUCAAAUCCCUUCGACCAAUUGAAGAUGGGCAGAGAAAAAGAGCGGAAUACAACAAAUAUGAGUAUAGUAAACCGUACUGUCGCAUUCAGCCUUAUCUGGUGGGAUUUAUCAUUGGUUACGUCAUCUACAAGAAAUACCGUAACCCCUUUAAAAAACACGGUUGGUUAAUUGCAAUCACCGGCUGGUGCGUGGCAUUUGCCGUUGCUAUGACAAUGGUAUAUGGGCCAUUCAAGUCGGCAGUUCGUGGUGAAAAUGAAUGGACUCGGGGAGGAGAAAUUGUCUUUGGAACACUUCAGCGACUCCUCUGGGGACUGGCGGUUGCAUGGGUUACCUAUGCUUGUCACUUUGGUUACGGAAGUUACAUUAACGAGUUCUUGUCUGCAAGAUUCUGGAUCCCACUCAGCCGAUUGACCUACUCUGUUUACCUCAUUCAUAUGAUCGUUAUUCACUACAUGUUGUAUGCAGCAAAUGGCUCUAUGCAUUACAGCAUUGCAUUUACGGUAUAUUAUUUCUUGGCGUCAGUCGUGUUAUCAUUUGCUGGAGGCUACAUUCUAGCUGUUGUCAUCGAGUUCCCAGUGGAAAACUUGGAGAAACUGUUUCUAAAAUAAUUCAUUUAUUUUUCCAUAUAACAUACUUUUUCGCUUUUUACGUAUCAAUAAUCAAAUAUUAAUGUAGUCUACAUAAAUCGAUAUAAAUUGCAGUUCAAUAACUCUGUCGGCAACUUA